CCUCAGAAGAAGAAGAACAUCGCAACACCGGCCUCAGAUGGUUGGCGGUGCGGGAUUUCAGCUGGAUAUAUUUCGAUUUUGUAACGAUUUUGUUUGAUUUGUACAGCUAAAAAUAUAACGAUGAAAGCUUGCUGUGUACUUGGCUGCUAUAGUCGCAUUUAUGACCGGCAUGGAAACCGAAUUUCAAAGGAAGUGCGAUUUUUCACCUUUCCAACUUGGAAAAAGCACUUUGGACCUCAGAUCUCCGACAUAACAAAACGGCGUCGCAUGGCAUGGGUUGCAGCAGUAAGACGGAAAAGCAUCACCUUCAACAACGUUUCCCGAAACUCGGUUGUUUGUUCACGGCAUUUUCACAAGGGGAAACCAGCCUAUGAAAUGAUAGAGUGUGAUCCCGACUGGGCACCAUCAUUACAUCUCGGACACACAGAAGUUAAAGCAACGAACUGUGGGCGGUUUGAACGGAGUCUUAGGAGACAGCGCGCUCUUGCCGGGAAAAACAGAGCACCUAACGUUACUCCACUGGAUCAAGCUGUAUACAAUGAGAAAACUAAGAAGGUGAUGCAGCAGGACGUAGAAAAGGAGCAAUCACGACAAGAUGACAUUGCACAAAAUCCUGAUAACCACAGUACACAAGAAUGUGAUCUCUGCAAGUGCAGGCAAGAUGAAAUUAACCAUCUACUAGAAGAAAACAGGCAGCUGAAGCAUGAACUUGAUAAAUCCAAAAUCACAGAGGAGUUUUUUAAGUAUGAUGAUGUUAAAGUAAAAUAUUACACUGGACUUCCAAGCUAUGCCAUUUUUCAGGUUGUUUUGUCGAAUGUAACACAGUUUUUGCCUGGAAAGUUUAAAAGAAAGUUGACAUGUUUUCAGAUGCUCCUUCUUACAUUCAUGCGUCUGAGAUUGGAUUUGCCAAUCCAGCACAUCGCUCAUCUUUUCAAUGUGGACCGAUCAACUGUUAGUACUGCAUUUAAGCAAACGGUGAGUGUUUUGUACUCCCGCUUGUCUCCACUGGUGCACUGGCCAGACAGAGAGAGUUUGCAAGUCAGUAUGCCGCAUCAGUUCGUGGAGAUAUUUGGAAAUCAUUUUGCUGCCAUUGUGGACUGCUUUGAAGUUUCUAUAGAAAGACCAUCAAAUCUUCAAGCAAGGGCACAAACAUCAUCAAACUUCAUCAAAGAUGGUCUCACACUGAAGUACCUCAUAAGCAUUACUCCACAAGGAGUCAUUUCUUUCAUCUCUAAAGGGUUUGGUGGGCGCACUAGUGACAAACAAAUAACUGAGAACUGUGGUUUUCUAGAUAAACUGCUGCCAGGGGACAUAGUGUUAGCGGAUAGAGGGUUUGACAUUAAAGAGAGUGUGGGAUUGAUGUGUGCUGAAGUGAAAAUACCAGCAUUUACAAAGGGGCAACGUCAGCUGGAAGCAAAGGAUGUGGAGGACAUGACAAGCAUUGCACACCUCAGAAUUCACCUGGAGAGAGUCAUCGGUGUUGUACGCCACAAAUACAAAAUCCUUUCUUCAACUAUUCCUAUCAGUAUGGUGCUGCCAUGUGACCGUGAGAAUGUAACAUUUUUAGACAAAAUAGUUACAGUUUGCUGUGCUCUGGUAAACAUGUGUCCAAGUGUUGUACAAUGAUUACUUGAAACAUUAAAGAAAAACACCACCAUUUUUCUUCUUACCUUCACUUAGACAAAUUAAUACAAACUUAUCUUUUUUCAAUGCAUGCACUUAAUUUUUGUACAGCACGUCAUGACUUUGUUAGCAUUUAUCCUAUUUCCAUUUAUUCCUUAGGAUCCAAACGGUUGGCCAAUGUGUGUAAGAUUAAAAAAUAGAUUUAAUACUGAUAAAAUGUAUGUAUAACCGAGAUUAUACACUGUAUAAAAAAAUCACUGUUUUGAUAUUUCAUGUUCUGAAAACAGAUUUACGAGCUGAUAAAAUGUGUUGAUUAUUCAAAAUGAUAUUUUUAAAGAUCAAUUUUCAUGCCUCAAGAGCUUGCUUGUGAAAGUUUGAAAGCUUAAGAAGCCUAAACUUAACCUCCACCCCAAGUUUCACAGACAAGGCUUAUGGCUAGUCUUAGAUAAUCAUGUUUGAGGUGUCAUAAGUGAAAAUAUCUUGCAAUGACGGAUCUUAAGAUAUCAUGCCAGUGCCACAUUGAUUUGUUUCAAGAUAACCAGUAACAUAUUAUUUAAAGACUAUUUGUUUAUAAAAGAUGCUUAAACAUCUUAAUUUAACUAAGGCCUAGUACUGGCUUUAGCUAAGCCUUAUCUGUGAAACCGGGCUCAUAAAUCACAAGAAAGCAAAAUUUACAUUAUUGUAAAUUAACCAAUUACAAUAAUGUUCAUUGGUUAAUGUAUUAACUAUGAACAAACCAUGAGCAAUACAUUUGUUACAGUCUUUAUUAAUAUUUGUUAAUGUUAGUUAAUAGAAAUAAAGCUGU